AUGCAGCUUCGCAUCAUCGAGUGUGACACGAUUGUGGAGCCGGUGCUCGAGGUUUUUCUUAAAAUUCAGGUUCAGCAACAGGACGACGGUUUUUCGCACCACGUCUCGAAACGGCUCCGGUCUCUGCAAGUGCUGCACGACCAAGUAAAUUGAUGACAUAGAAAGUGGCAAUUUUGUCGUGUAUUUCUCAUGUUGUGAGCCAUCGUCUCUGAACGCAGUAGGCCAUGUCAACGUCCUGUCCACUUGUUGUUUCGCAUAGCGUUCUUUAUCGUGUCGAAAACGAAGUAUGAACAUAUAAUUUUGUAAAAUUACAAUCAGCUCACGUCCACCUCCACCGCCAAUAUACAUCAACCUGCCUUCACCCAAAUCCCCGAGUUCCCAAGUUCCAUCGCGGUUGAAAACCUGGCGCGCGACGAACUGUUCUGUGUCGAUGUGCUGAACACCUACCUGCGCAAACUCGCGGCCGCCGAAGUUUUCCACGCCGAGCGCUGUUUUCGCGAGUUUUUCCAGCUCACCGAGAAUUACGUCUCGGAGGUAGCUACUUCAGUACCACCACCUCCAGGAGGUGCAACUGCUACAUCUUCAAAUGUUGGUACUAGCAAUGAAGAUUUACUUCAAGGUCAAACCGGGGGGAGCGCAGCAGCCCCGGGCGCCACCCGGCCGCAGACGACGCCUUCUCUCGUACAGCAAGGGGCUUUUUCUUUUCAGCACCAUCAGCAGUGGAACGAGAACAACAACCAGCUCGAGUUUUCUCAGCAUCACCCGACAACACAACGUUUAGUAAACAGCUCCACCUCGCUUCCGAACAGCGAGGUCACGGUCUUCCAAAACCCCAGUUCCGACACCUUUCUCAGCAGCUUUCUGUUUCGAAACGACGCCCCGGUGCCGAAACGACUCUGUUCGCCAGAGCAGGGGGCGCGGUCGGUCUUGCAUCCACGACCGGUUGGACAUAGUAGUACGACGACCUCCAGCAGUAGCACCUUGCCGUCAUCUGCAACGACGGGGAGUAUCCCAGUAGACAGUGCUCAUGCAGCACUGGCAGGAACAGAACCGAAUUAUACCUUCGUCCACAAUGAUUUUCCCUUUCCCACGACAAGCAGUUCUAGUACUGUUCCGGCACCGGGCCCGGGGCUGAGUUCCGUGCCUUACCCUCCCCGGUCGUGGAUGAACCAGAAUGGACGUUCAGCUUCAAUUACAAGCACAGGGAAUUAUGGGAUUAGUACCGCUACCGUCGGAAGAAACAAGUACCUCCUCGGUGCUCCUGGGUCAACAGCUUCGUCUUCUCGCCGGCCCGCCGGGCUCGGACCCGCGAGCAGUAGUGCGUCGGCAGCCGGGUCGAUUGCGCAACGGUAUUUUGAGAGUCACGCGAACAAAAGUACGCCAGCGACCAGCUCCAGCAGUUCCGCGAGUGUGAUAAACAUAAAUGAGCCAGAAGCCGCGACGGGUAGCAAUAGAACUGUAGCUACAGGAGCAUCAUCGUCCCCGAUCGCUGGUCAACAUUUCAGUCCCGGAGCAGCUUCUGCACAUCUUGGUCCAGCGUCGUCACCAGGUGGGGGGAGUAAUUAUGUGUUCCCGAGCUCUACUUCGAAUAGCAGCCGCUCUUUCGCGUUGUCGAAUCACGAUAGGCAAAAUCUGAUUCCCGUUCUCGAAGACGAAGUUGCGCCGGGCGUGAGCAUCGCCCCAGUGCCGAUUCUUCUCGCACCAGCAGCAGCAGCUGCAGCAGCUUCGAAUGUACAACUUCUUGACGCGAAGAAUUUAAACGUGCUCUUUCCGCCGAGUACGGCGGCGUAUCUCGGGAGAUACGAAAAGAACGGUGGCUUCGGUGAUGGCGGAACGAUCUCAGCGGCAAGCAAUUCGUCGGCACAGUGGAUGAGCGGUCCGGUGUACGACGAGUUUGGUUUACGAAGAACAGUGGGGACUUUAUUCGGUGGAAGCAGCAAUAGCAUCGUUGGUGGUCCACGUCGACAGGUGAACGAUGUUGACGUCGGCAUCUACAAUGGUGCCGGUGCGCAGGGGGAUGAAGAUCAAGCAGCUUUUUCAGCGAUAGCAGCGGGAAGGGGAACUCCAACUCUGGUGGUUGCAGGGAAUCAAAAUCCGCAGCACUUCCUCUCGGGCCAGGGGGCAAGCAGGAGUGCCAGCAGCUACGACCCCGCGGCAGCAUAUUAUCCGCAAAGACACCUAUCCGGCGAUGCGGGAAGCACCAGACAAGGAGGACACACAUCGACAUCAGGAUACAGCACUGGGGGAGACACAAUAUCAAGGGUUCUUGUAGAAACAGCUGCAACAGCACAAGCCGCGCACCCGCACGCGCAGCCGCCGCAAAAAGGGUUCGGCGACGUGAGCAUGGGCGGUGCGCCACUUCAACCACCUGAACAGGGUGCCAUCGUCCUCGUGCAAGAGAGCAACAACGACGCAGCUGACUCGCUCCCAAACACCCUAGAAGCUGGCACUUCCUCUCCAAAACGCGGGCCGAGUAAAGAGUCCUCGUCCCUGGGCCUCACCGUCGGCUCGGUCGACCGGAAAAGCAGCCGCGGCGCAGCGCGGGAGGAUCAAACUACUGGGGGAAUGACUGCGGCGCCAGGCACCGUCGCCGAAGAGGCUUUGCCAGAAGAUGUAGCAGAUAUAGAUCGUGGUCGACAGGUGGAGGACUCGCCCGACCCCGGCGAGCCAGGCGGAUUACAACUUCAUGCAGAAGCAGAACCGGAAGCACAGCCAGCAUUAGACCAAACCCAGCAGGAAUCACUGCCUUUGCAGCCUCACCCCCCACCACCUGUACAUGGACCUACUCGCAGUAAAACCAACUCGGAAAAAUCUGCUGCGAGUCCCCAGGAGCAGUCACUCAGACGUGCACCUGCAGAUCAUGGCGCACCUCAAAAGCAGCAGGCUAUCACCCCUAACCGCUACUUGAUUCGUCCGACGCAGAGUAAACAGCAGGAAAACGCCAUCCCGACUCUGGACCAAUUGCACGGUGGCACUACGAUCAAUGGUAAUGGACCCGUAUCGGCCAGCGACAGUGCCAGCUUUGACCAGCAGGAACUACAUGGCAGCCCCCUGACCGCCACAGCGCUGCAACCAGGACAGGCCGGCCCGUGCGUGAUCUGCCUGAGCCAGCCGCAAAGCCACGCGGCGAUGCCAUGUGGACAUUUGUGUCUGUGUAGCAGGUGCUACCCCGUGUUGAAAUCCUGUCCGAUCUGUCGACGGCCCGUCGAAAAUUUUGCGAGGAUUUACAGGGCUUGA